ACGACCAAUGACCGCCCGUCUAGAGCCGGCGAAAGGUUUUAUAUACAAGUGGAAUUCGCACUUCCAAAUUGCUAUAAGUCAAAAUAUAGGGUAGUCGGGCGGUUCACUCGUUCGUCGACAAUCGUCGGACGCGUGUUGAUACCGUUUGUUUAAGUGGUUACAUACGUGUUUCAAUAUUAAAGCCGACAACGUGACGAUCAAAUGCGCCGUGCUUCAGUGGCCUUAUACAUAAUAUUUUGAACUGAGAGGCGGCAGACAUUGUGUGUUAACAUGGGGUGCAGUGCGAGGUACUGUUUAUUGGCAAUAUCCUUGUGUCUUGUGACUGAAAAAGCGAUCGGAGUGCGAGUGGUACCCAAGCGGACGCAAGAUGGGUUAAGCGAAGCAGAUGACCAGUCAACAUCCGCUUCAUGGUGGUCGGCAGGCACAGCGACGCCAUUCCGGGAAAGCGCUAGCAACGCUUUCUCUUCCACUCACGGAAUCGUUCAGACUCACCCGUCCCUGGACGAUCCAUUCGGAUCAUUCGGGUCAAUUGGGAGUACAGCUGGACCUUCCUCGAAUCCAUUCGCUCAAACUAGCGGCAGCGGUCCGCUAAGCGGAGGCAUUCGAAACAACCCUUUGCCCCCGUUGGCUAGAAGUGCCAAUGGAAAACCUUCCCUGAAGCACUUGGAUUUCACAAGUAGCGCCACAGCAGAGUUAAGAAGGAAUCCUGCCUUGUCUGCGCCCGAUGAGUGCGCCAGAGCUUGCAGAGAAAAUGAACCGCCGAGGAUAUGUUACUAUCACUUCACUCUUGAACUGUACACCGUAUUGGGAGCGGCUUGUCAAGUGUGUACGCCAAAUGCAACCAACGUCGUGUGGUCUCACUGCCAGUGCGUCUUGGCCGAUGGUGUCGAACGAGGUAUCCUUACUGCAAACAGAAUGUUGCCUGGACCCUCCAUCCAGGUCUGCGAGAACGAUAAAGUUGUUAUCGAUGUCGAGAACCAUAUGGAGGGUAUGGAGGUAACAAUUCACUGGCAUGGAAUCUGGCAGAGAGGAUCCCAAUAUUACGAUGGUGUUCCAUUCGUUACGCAGUGUCCUAUCCAACAAGGAAAUACUUUCAGAUAUCAAUGGCAAGGUAACGCGGGCACCCACUUCUGGCACGCUCAUACUGGUCUACAGAAACUUGACGGAUUAUAUGGUAGCAUCGUCGUUCGUCAGCCUCCAUCCAAAGAUCCGAAUAGCCACUUAUACGACUAUGAUUUAACCACUCACGUCAUACUACUCAGCGACUGGCUCCACGAGGAUGCAGCUGAGAGAUAUCCUGGUCGGCUCGCCGUUAACACUGGCCAAGACCCCGAAUCUGUAUUGAUCAACGGAAAGGGACAAUUCAGAGAUCCUAACACAGGCUUUAUGACUAACACCCCAUUGGAAGUAUUCACGAUCACGCCAGGAAGGAGAUACAGGUUCAGAAUGAUCAGUGCUUUCGCUUCAGUAUGUCCAGCUCAACUAACAGUCGAAGGCCACAACCUGACUAUAAUAGCUACAGAUGGAGAACCAGUGCAGCCAGUUCAAGUGAACACAAUCAUAUCUUUCUCAGGUGAACGAUACGACUUUGUUAUCGAAGCCAAUAAUAUUCCUGGUGCUUAUUGGAUCCAAGUCCGAGGCCUUGGAGAGUGUGGUACAAAAAGAGCACAGCAAUUGGCUAUCCUUAGGUACGCAAGAGGACCCUAUCAGCCAUCUAGCCCAGCGCCUACAUAUGAUGUCGGCCUUCCACAGGGAGUGGUGAUGAAUCCAUUGGAUGCAAGAUGUAAUGUUCCAAGAAACGAUGCUGUAUGUGUAAGUCAACUGAGAAAUGCAAGAAACAUUGAUCCCGCCAUUCUUCAGGAAAGGCCUGAUGUUAAAAUCUUUUUGCCUUUCCGCUUCUUCUUAUACAGACCAGAAAUGUUGUUCCAACCGAAUACUUACAACAGAUAUUUAGUUGCCCCCCAGGGAGAUCAUGUAAUCAGUUUGAUCGAUGAAAUUUCUUACAUGGCACCACCAGCCCCAUUAAUUAGUCAGUAUGAUGAUAUCAAUCCUGAGCAAUUUUGCAAUGGCGACAACCGACCAGCUGACUGUGGGCAAAACUGUAUGUGUACCCACAAAGUGGACAUACCACUCAACGCUGUGGUAGAAAUUGUACUUGUAGAUGAAGUUCAAAUUGCAAACUUAUCUCAUCCAUUCCACUUGCACGGAUACGCUUACAACGUUAUUGGUAUCGGUCGAUCACCUGAUACAAACGUCAAGAAGAUCAACUUGAAGCACGCUCUAGAUCUCGACAGGCGUGGUCUCCUCGAACGUCACCUAAAACAAGGCGAUCUCCCACCAGCUAAAGAUACUAUUGCCGUACCAAACAACGGCUACGUCAUCCUCCGUUUCAGAGCCAACAACCCUGGCUUCUGGCUUCUUCACUGUCACUUCCUCUUCCACAUAGUAAUCGGUAUGAACGUGGUGCUACAAGUAGGAACCCAGGCUGAUCUUCCCCCUGUGCCUCCGAACUUCCCCACGUGCGGCGACCACCUCCCACCAAUCUCGCUCCACUAAAUCGGUUCCUAUAACAGAUUCCAAUUCUUGUAUUUGCAGGAAUAAAUACAUCAGUUGAUUAAUUAUGUUAACUAAGUGUAAAUUUAUGUUUGUUAUGUGUGAUGUGUUCGGCUGAUUCGAAGUGCUCGGUUCGGCCGUAUGUGUUUAUUUUGUAUUCGAAUGAUUCCACGAGAGUUCUGACGGUCUUGUGAUUUUAUUUAAAGGUGAUACCUUUUUCUUUGAGAUUACUUCAACAUCAUUUUAUGCCAUACUCGGUGAUAAUUUUGUAAUUGCUUUAAUUAUGUUGCCUUAAAAUAUAAAUAUGUCGUCUGAGGCUCUUGUAUCUGUAAUUUCUUCAUUUACAGUAAGGUACCCUUUCUACCGAUACGAACAUGUUUGUUCUGUAACUAACAACUUGCCAUUUUAUAGUUCACCAAGGAUAUUUAUUACGUGUAUAUAUUUAAUUUUUUGUUAGAAUUAUUUGCUUUAACAUUUUAAGUUUUUUACCCGUUACUAACCUUAUACGUACUGCAUGAAACAAACUCAUAGUAGAUGUAUAUAAAUAGCCUGCAAUACUUGUAAAUACACAACAUAGUUCGCAAAAACAAGAAAUUCCGUAAACAUUGAAGACUGUAAAUAAAUAUUUAUAGAUAGCUGUACCGAAAACGUUACCAUUUCCAUGUUACCAUUAUUUUAAGGGAAAUAAAACAUAUUAUUAUUUGAAUGUAAUUGAAUUUAAAUGUAAUGAAAUUGAAUUUGUGCCAACUGACAUUCACGAAAUGUAUUGGUAUACACUAGUCUCGAGAAUAGUACGAGUACGAAAUUCAAUGUUUUGUAUAAAAUUAUAUAACUCGAUAUAUUGCUGUUAGUGCCGUACUUUAGCAGUGAAUAAUCAUAACAUUCUACUCUAGUUUAAGAAAAUUGUAAAUUUUUAUACCAUUUAAUAAAAUUUAUAAAAAUAA